AUGAAACCGCUCACUGUUGCCGAUAUCAUUCCCACAAUGAGCUUCCACACGAGCAAUUCAGUGUCGUCAACACAUCAAGCUUUCCGAUUCACCGAAGAUCCUGAAUCUGCCCAACUCUUCCUGUCCGUGGAUUCCCUUCAGUGCAGGCGACCUUCGUUCCCGCAAUCGGCUACAACUUCAGGCCCGCUUAAGAGUGUGUACACGAGCUACGGGUCUAAACUCGACAAGUCUAUGGGCUGCUACAAGGCUGUUGCCCAACAUGACGAACUUUACAUCUACCUCGAUGAGAAAUGCCUCAAGGUGCUCGACAAUCAGAUGUGGCCAAAAGACUACGCCAAAGGGCUUCCAAAAGCGGCGCCGAUCAAUGGCAGGCAUAUCCGCAGCCUGUAUGUUGGAGUAUUGGCUAUCAACGGACAGCUCGUGUAUAUCAGCUCGAAAAAAGGCGAGGUGUAUCCGAACCUUUUCGAAGAUGAUGACUUCACCGGCCUCGCUUUCAAGGCCGAGUCCUCACAAACUCCGGCAGGCAGCAAUACUAUCCUAAUCGAGACCAACCUAAUAGGAGGCAACCUGGCACAUAACAAGCAAUAUGUGGCAGGCCAAACCGAUUCAUUCGAUAGCGAAGCUGACCCAGAAGGCAAAGCUAUAAGGCAGAACGAGAAGGAGGGAAUCUCUGAUAUGAACAAGUUCUACAACAAGCCCUGA